UAUUUAAUUCCCCGUUUUGUCUGUCAUCAUAGGUAUGGCAUUUUCAUUGUUUACCAAACCCGUCUUAGUCAUGGCUUCAGAAGAACCGCUUUAAACAGUCUAACAUAAAACAUUUGUGUUUACAGGAACCUGAAGAUGAAACAUGCCAUGACCUUAUUGUGGGCAGUGCAUUAGCAUCUGAAUAAAUUAGACGAGUUGUCAAAUGCUUAGAUGUGCAACAUUCCUUGGAGGAAGUCAUCUGCAUAGUCCUCUGCGCUUCAUUUUCUUCUAUCACUUGUGGAAAGCAGAAAGACAUUAUCAUUUGGUAUUUUAUUACUUUCUGAAAUCCAAGCCAUUGUUCUGAAGUGGAUAAAAAUAUUAUGUUGACAGAAUCACUGGGUGUUUCCAGUCAAGAGGUCUUCAGAGCGCUGAGGCCAUGUCUUGUGGUUCAGGAGAAAACAAAAGGAGGGAGAUUAACCGAGUUGAGAGAGCGCGUGUGUCAGGGCUGCACUGUCUCUUCAGCAGGAAGCUCUUGUGCAGAGCUGGCUGUGUGUCAUAGACCCUCACCUUUAAACCGGUCUAUUUAUACACUACCGUCAAAAAGCAUUUCUGCUCAAUUCAUCCCCUGGGGAACUACUGUUUUACCGCAAUCUACCCCACCACUCCAAGUCAAAGUUUGCAUACAGUCUCUUAGUUUUCAGUGCAGAGAAAUAUAAAGUUCAAGAAGGUUUUGUAGAUUUGAUAGAAGUUAUAACCAAGAACUUUUAACUCAAACAUAAUAAAUGGGGAGGGGGGACUCAUGAGAGGAUAUUAACGACAGUUAUCCUGUAUGGCGCACGAGGUUGAAUUGGAGGCGUGUGCGCCACUGUCGCCCUCAGAGCGCGCAGGAAGGGAGGGCAAUCUUGUCCGGUCACAAAUAAGACCUGGCGGCUUGUGCGAAACGGACAGGAGCCCUCAGUCUCUAUUGGAGACUGCCAACGGAGAAUAACGAGUAGCUUGGCAUGGAGGUAGCUUCUAUGGACCACUGGAGUGAAGGCAAAUAUUGUGUUUUAAAGAACUAACGGACAUACGAGGGAUAUGGACCUUAAGGGAUGCGUGCCAAUUGAUUGUUAUGUCUGGAUCAAAGAACAUGAGGUGAUUGGAUACCUGUGAUACACCUGUUACCUUUCGCGGACUUAAAGGAUGUAACACAGCAGGGCAAGCUCGACCGACUUAGUUUACAUAAACAACACAAAUGAAUAAUAUAAACAAGAAAGGCUGUCAGUGUAUUGAAAAAAAAAAUUGAUCUUCUGACCAAUUAUUUUUCCUCUUAUCAUGUACAAUUCGACAUAAUUGCGAACAUGUCUUGAAUUAUAUAUAGGAUACUUACACUAUUCACCAAUAAAUUACAUUACUUGCUUCUAAGCUCCAUACAUGAAAGGAUUUUCUUUAGUUACAGUUGAUCUUUGAUAGGCUACAAGACCACCACGCAUCGAGAGGAGGAUAUGGACCUGGCUACUAUUAGAAUCAUCUCAAAAUACCAGCAGGUGUCCAGCGCUGUAAAGUCACGCCAAUGACGUUGUCUCCGUGGCAUAGGCGGGCACUGCUCGUCUUGCUGUCGGUGUGCACAUACACAUCGCUGUUGGUCCACGGAUGCGGUCCUGGACCGGGGUAUGGCGCCCGUCCCAGACCACGCAAACUAAUUCCUAUGAGGUACAAGCAGUAUGUACCCCAAAUCUCUGAGAAUAACCUCGGUGCAAGCGGGCGGCCAGAGGGCAAGAUUACGCGCGACUCCGAACGGUUCAACGAGCUGGUGUGCAACUACAACAUUCACGUCGACUUCAAAGACGAAGAGCACACUCAAGCCGACCGCUUCAUGACAAAGCGCUGCAAGGACUGCCUGGACAGGCUGGCCCUAGCUGUGAUGAUGCAGUGGCCAAAGACCAGAUUGCGAGUCACAGAGGCCUGGGACGAGGAUGGAAAUCAUCCUCCUGAUUCUCUGCACUAUGAGGGCCGUGCCGUAGACAUCACCACUUCGGACCGCAACACCUCCAAGUACGGCCUUCUGGCCCAGCUGGCCGUGGAGGCUGGUUUUGAUUGGGUCCACUAUGAGUCCAAGCACCACGUCCACUGCUCUGUCAAAGCUGAUCACUCUGUGGCUCUUGAGAGAGGUGGCUGUUUCCCAGGGUCGGGACAGGUAACUAUGGAAGGAGGAAGACAGAUGCCUAUGUCUUUACUGAAGCCUGGAGACAAAGUCCUUUCCCAGACAGCGUCGGGUCAAACAGUUUUCAGCCGGGUCCUUGUCUUUCUACACAAGGACCGUGGGAGCAGGUCUAUUUUCCUAGUGCUGGGCACGGAGGACGGACAGAGACUUGCACUAACACCUAAUCACCUGCUAUUUUAUUCUUCUUAUUAUGAAGUAGAUCACAGCAAGUACCAAGGUUACUUCGCUAGCAGAGUGCAGAAGGGAGACUAUGUCCUUGUCCACGGAUCAGGAGGGAGAGUGAGACCAUCCAAGGUAACCUCAGUGUCACUGGAAGAGAAGGUGGGCGUCUAUGCUCCCCUGACGGAACAAGGCACUCUUUUUGUGGACGGGGUUCUAGCCUCUAGCUAUGCCUCUGUGGAGGACCACAGACUUGCACACUGGGCCUUCGGGCUUCUUCGUCUCCUGUUUUCUCUGUCAUGGUGGACCCAGGGUGUGGACCAAGAGAGUGCGCAAGUCCGAGUGGCAGAGGCCGCCCAUUCUGAGGCCCAGACUUACAGUCAUGCGCGGAACACGUGCCAAAUAUGGGGGAAUGAGACGCUGAGAGUCAGAGGUGUAGGUUGGGACCAGAAUAACCAUUGCCAACAAAGCACAGCUUCACUGAAAGACAGUUAUGGGGAAACCUGUGAGAAAGAAGGACACAAACAGUGUAAUGUUCAUUGGUAUGCUAGACUUCUGCACACCCUAGGGCAAAUAUUACUGGACCCGCAGAUAUUUUACUAAUAAAACACUUAUCUCUUAGCACUCCAACAGUAAAUGAAAGAUAUCUUUAUCAACAAUCUAACAUUGCUAAACCCAAAACUAUGACAAAAGACAUUCACAUUUUCUUUACAAUGUAUAUGUAGAGUUAUUGUUUCAUAACAGAUUCCUUACACAUGUCGAGUAACAUCAGGUGUCAGGUAGAAAGGGGUCUUCCAAUGAGAGGCAUCAUAUUUUUACAGAAUGGAUGCCUUUAUGCGGUUAUGUUCUAAAAAUAAUUAGCUAAUAAAAAUGAUGUUUUUCAACGUUCAUAAUAUGAGAAAAUGUUUUAUACAAACUUCAAAAUCUUUAUUUUUGUACUUUUGAUUUGUAAUAUAUACCUAUAAAUGUAUCUGAUUAUUUUAAAUAUUCACACCAAGGCCAUGUUAUUUGUCAAGAUAUAUUUGCUCUCUAAAAUUACAGUGAAAACUAUUAUUUAAUUUUGUAAAAAAUCAUAAUACGAAAAAUUGUCAAAAAAAGAAGAAAAAAAGAAAUAAUUAAAAACAAAAUAUGAUGUGCUUAACUCCUUUUUCACUUUGCAGAUGUUCUUAAAGCUUCCUUCAAGAUUGUGGUGUUCUCUUGUGAGUUUCUUUAGGUGUUUUGAUGUGUUGUCCUAGCCUAAUUGCCAACAGGCAUUAGAACUUUAACAAUUUAUUUAUAUUUAUACAAAUUCUAUAGUGUUUUAAUCAUGGACGGAUUAUGAAACCAUGGGCCCCUGGAACUGGACAUGUAAAAGGCCCCCCCACCCCUUCGAGCGGGCAUCACAAUAACUAAAUUCACCUGUACCUCAACAGGAUUUACAACGCACAUACACAUUUUCUAACACAGCGCAUGUACACUAAAUUAAAACCAACAGCAAAUAAACAAAAUACACAAAUAAGAGAUACAUAACUGCGACUUCACGCAGAGGGUCUGGCUUAGGGGCCCCUGAGCUCAUGGGCCCCUGGGCACGGUAGGCCCGUUCGGCAAUCAAUCCCUGGUUUUAAUGAUCUGUUUGUGACUGCUCAUGAAGUCAUUAGCUUCUCACAUACAAUUUGUGGCAACCUGAUUUGGAUUCAUAAGAUAUAUAGAAGAUAUAUGAUAUCACAGGCAAAGAGUACGAAUGGUUUAUGCAUUGGUCCACUUCAAAAGCUCCUUUAGCCGUUCACAGCGGUUGGCUCGCUCUCUCCCUCUCUCCUCUCCAUAAGGGAAUCAAAGCUGGGCAGAGCGUAUUUACUUGACUACUGUAAAGACUCGAGAAACAUAGGCCUCUACUGGAAUUAUUUUUUGAUAACAAAAUUGAUGUAUUGAUUGAAGUUCCGACGUGAAGCUAGACGUGAAAUUACGCAGACUGUUGAUUGUUCUAAACUUUUUUUAAAUGACCUCCGCCAAGGAGGUUAUGUUUUUGGUACGGUUUGUCUGUCUGUGUUUGUCUGUCAGCAGGAUUACACAGAAACUAACAGACACAUUUUCAUUUAAUUCAAUUUUGGAGUGGAUCUGAAUUACGUGGCAGAUCCACGAAUUAUUCCUCACUUUCGUGAACAGUGCGAGAUUGGGCAUUGGAUUUGGCGGAGGUCUGCGCUCUGAUUGCCCUUUUCAGAGUAAUCCAUGAUUUUCUCAGAAUAAACUGAAUUGGGACUUUAACGCCCCCUCGUGGACAAUAACCACAAUAACAACACUGCUUUUCCGAUGUUAGAUAGAUCGAUGAUGACGUUUCUGUAUGCCAUAUGGAGGCUAAAUUUGACAUGAUGUAUAGACCUAUGUAGAGCUCACAAUUAAGCAAAUCAUUGUCAAAAGCUGAAUGAAAUAUAAAACGUUUGUAUUUAGCAAUACAGCCCAGAGGGUGACACUUGUACAUGGAGAAAUACCUAUUUUGCUAAAUUCUUGUCCCAGAAAUGUAUGCUUUGUCAAGGUCAAUAUAGCUCAAAUAAAAUUGACAUAUUUAAAAAAAAAA